AUGAUUCAGAGGAAAGAGGUGGUGCUCUCCGUCUUGGGGGAGCUGCAGGAGGCAACAGAGUCCAUGGGCCUGGAUGCGCUGAUUAAAGUGGCCCUGGAAGUGGAGCAGGUCCUCGCCCCCUUCCAUCUCCCCACAGCACUGUGCACGGAGAUCUCCUCUUGGAUGGGCGUUGAUGGGGUGGCUCACAGACUCUACCCAGCAGAUGCACCAGCUGGCUUGCUUCCUCUGGUCUGCAAAGGGGAGGGGAACCUGCUGUUUGAUGCUGCAAGCAUGCUACUGGUGGGCUCCACAAGCCUGAGCUUGGAGCUGCAGGUGAGGACGGUGGUGGAGAUGCUGCUAUGGAAGCAGUACUACCUCUGCGGCAUGAUCGACUCCAAGGUGAUGCUGCAGGCAGCCAGGUUUUCUCUCUGCGCCGAGGAGUCCCAGGACAUGCUCAAGCUUCCCAUGCAAGUGCUAGAGGCCAUCUUUGAUGCAGAUGUUAAGGCCUCCUGUUUCCCUGGCUCUUUUGCUAACAUGUGGCAUGUCUAUGCGUUGUCAUCUGUCCUCCAGUGCAACAUCUACUCCAUCUACCCCAUGUAUAACCUGAAGAUCAGGCCCUAUUUCAACCGUCUCAUUCGCCCCAGAACAUGCCCCAAGGACACUGAACCAUUCACCCUCCACAUUAUGUGGUCUGGUGAAUUGGAAGCGGGCUCCAUAUUCAAACCUCACAACUUUGUCGCCUUGAUUCAUGCCAGUGACCUCAAAAUUGGAAGCCCCAGCAGCGAACAGCGGUUGCCAUCUGUGAAGUCUUUAGAUCUGCUAAGUCAGGACUCUCAGCUGUCUUAUUCCACGCUCAAAGACAAGUUCAACAUCACAAAGAGCACCUUCUAUCGCUGGAGGCGGCAGAGCUCAGAGUACCACAAGAAAUCAGUGGCCAGGUAUGAAGCAAAACACUUUUUUCAGGCCUGCUACAAGGAAGGGAAGCUCAUCCCUCAGAACCAGUUCAAAGAGUUCUUUCCAGAAAUUUCCAGAUCUACAUACUAUGCCUGGAAACAUGAACUCAUGUCCACUGGCAGUAUUGCCUCUGGAAGCUCAACUGGAGAGCUGAGUCCUGGCGAUAGCAUUGAACAGGACUACUGGUCCUCCCCAGAGAUCAAGAAACAACCCAGUGAGGAAGGUUUUGCCAGCAUGCAAGCCCUCAAGUCUGAAAAACUAGAGGGUGAUCGGGCUCAGAAUGCGGCGCUGAUGCAGGAGGCAAAGAAAAGCCUCCAGAACUGCAUCGCCACAAACACCUCAUUCCCCUACAGAAUCUUCAAAAGACGGUUUCCAGGAAUCUCGAGAUCCACAUAUUACAACUGGAGGAGGGAAGCCAUGCUGUUCACACCUUUCAGAGAUCUCUCAGGGAGUGGCGAAGAAAGUUCAGACGCUGAUAAAACCCAGAAUCCAAAAGAGAAGCUGUUGCCAGCUUUGCUAGAGAGCCGCAGGGUGACCCCCAGAGUUAGGAUCUCCAGGCGCAGUCAGAAGAGUCUCAGGCUCAUCUACCUGCAGAAGAAAAAGCUCAGAGAAGAGGCCAAAGCAUGUGUUCAGAACUCAAAGAUGUCGCUGUUCAAAUUCAAGCUCAAGUUUCCCUCCAUCUCCACGUCUUACUACUGGUUUUGGAGAUAUUCCUUCAACAAGAAAGCUCAGAAAAAUCCUAAUCUGAGUUUUGAGACAGAUGAGCCUAAAGAAGCAGAUGUAACUAAAGAUCUGCUGCAACAGGUGGGAAGUCAGUCACUGUUUCCUUUUGAUGGAGCUAUGGAUUACCUGAAUAGGCAGACAGUCAGCCCGACUGAGUUCACCCUGCCUAAAUACCAUCUGUCUGACAAGAGCAGCAGUGAACAAAUGUUUGUGAUGGAUGUCGUGGCAUUAGCCAAUUUCAAGGCCAAGGCUAAACUGUUCCUGCAGCAGCGCUUUGAAGAGAAAUCUUUCCCCACUUUCAAAGAAUUUAGAUCCUACUUUCCUCUCACUCCACGCUCCACAUAUUACAUGUGGAAAAGAGCUCUGCAUCACGGAGUGCCAUUAGUUCAUGGCUGA